CCCCCUCUUCCAAGUAUUCUCUCUCUCUUCCCCAGCGGGCAGGGCACUACGCUAGGCAGCAGCCAAGCAAACCCUAUUAUUCCCGAUUCUGGAAGAAGAGUGGGGAAGAUGGCGUACGAGCCGAAAAGGCCUUCGAACCAGAGCGAAGACAACAAUCGCCGAUUAUACAACCCUUACCAGGACCUUAAUGUCCCCAUACAAACCCUCUACAAGCUCCCUACCUCGCCGGAGUUCCUCUUCCAGGAAGAGUCCGUCGCCCAGCGCCGCUCCUGGGGCGAGAACCUCACCUUUUACACCGGCAUCAGCUAUCUCUCCGGUGCUUCCGUCGGUGCUUCCAAGGGUCUAGUAGAUGGCGUUAAGGCCUCCGAGCCAGGCGACACGCUCAAACUCCGUCUGAAUCGCGUCCUGAAUGCGUCGGGUCAGACGGGGCGGAGUUUAGGAAACCGAGCCGGCGUGAUCGGAUUGUUGUUCGCCGGGAUGGAGAGCGGCAUGGUGGCCGUGAGGGAUACGGACGAUGUGUUGAACAGCGUGGUAGCGGGGCUGGGAACCGGGGCGCUUUACAAGGCGGCGUCCGGGCCGAGGUCGGCGGCGGUGGCUGGUGCAAUUGGCGGCGUGGUGGUUGGGCUAGUGGUGACGGGAAAGCAGUUUUUGAAGAGAUACGUGCCGAUCUGAGCCUGCUUUUUCUUUGGUUGCUCGAACUCUACGCUUAAGUUUAGUUAAUGCAAAAUUUUGAUAGAGUGCCAUCAUUGGUCAUGUACUAGGCAUAGAGGUUCCAUGAACUAUGGGGUCUGUAGAUUUUCCUUAAUCGUACUUUUAUUAACAAUGCAGUGCUGAAUAAUCUGAAGGGUUUUGAUAUGGAAAAUUUGUGUUAUACCUAAUUCCUUUUUUAA